AUGCUCAAAUGGAGGCCAAGAGGCAUGUGCGCACACCACAUAACAACCCACAGGCCUGGCUGCUUGGCCUCUGUUACUGCAACUCUUCAAGGCACCAAAGAUACCCUUGGACAGUCCUUCUACUGGCAGCAGGCCACCAAGGACACAAAGGUCACCUAUCACCGAGCCUCCCAAGCACCAGCAAUGCCCUCUCCUCUGUACCUAGCUGAGGGCAGCUUCCAAAGGACCAGAGUAUGUAUCAGUGAAAACAGAACAACAGUGCCUGCAGCCUCAGCAGACAUGACAUCCCAGGAAAUCACACUGCACUUUUCCUCACCUGCACAACCAUUCUUCUCUGGGCCUCUGGCCAACCUACAGGAGAAAUGCAGGCCUGGGACCACAACACAGUCCAUGGCGACCUCCAAGACUCAAGCAUGGGACAGGAGUUGCAAUUCAGGAACUACCAAGGGCAGAAAUGAGGCCUAUUAA